UUUGUUAAUUUGUUUGGUAUUUCUUUUCUAUUUUCUUUGUUUGAAAUUAUAUAAAUUGUAGUAGUAGUGUAGAGUUGUUGCAUACCGGAUGAUAAUUAUUAACUAUACGGAUUUAGUUUGGAAUGGCUUGAUAAAAUAUAAUAGAUUUAUUUAUCUAACUUGUUUCGUUUCAUUAAAUUUGACUUUUCCGUUAGAUUACAAGUAACUUAGGCCUAGGUUAGCAUUGAUAAUGGAUGAAUCAGCUAUGGACAUGACUAAUGUAUGCUCUUCAGUGAAUAGAACAAAACCUGAGCUCAACUCUCCCAGAGACAAGCAUGAGCUAUUACUUCAAGAAAACUAUGAGCUGAAAAACAAUGUUGAAGUGCUUGCAAGAACUAACAAAGAGCUAGAAAAUGAACUCUUAAAUCUGAAUAUGAAAUACUGUGGGAAAUCUGAAUUAGAUAUGUCAGUAGCUCUUGAUAUCUCCUCGGCAAAGGCUACUUACCAGGAAAAUUAUGAGCUGAAGAAAAAAGUUGAGCUUCUGGAAAAAGUAAAUAUGGAAUUGGAAGGUGAAUUGAAUUAUCUUACUCAGAAUCAAGCCAAAGAAACCACUAGGUUUUUGAAUAUCAAAGAGGAACUUGAUAAUGCUAACACAAAGAUAAAACGUCUAGAAUCGUCACUGGAUGAGGAGCGACUCCAAUCUCAGAGGCUUUUACAAGAGAGUAGAGAAGUGGAAGCUGUAAAACCCAACUCCAACGUGAUGGCAAUGCCAGACCAGGAGCUGCUCAAUAGAUUAGAAAUGCACAUUGAACAAUUGGAGAUUCAACGGGAAAGUGAUCAGCAAUUAAUGAAUGAACUUGUUGAAGAGAAAGAGACACUUUUACAGAAGUUAACUCUCCUUAAUACUGAAAAACAAGCUUUGCAAAGUGAACUCUCCGAAACAAAGGAACAUCUUGACCAAAAAAAUACUGAUCUGCGGAAUCUUAAUGUUACUCUUGAGAGUUUGCGAGAAGAAAAGUUUUUGAUGCAAGGUGAGAUUCAACUCUUAAAAGUUUCAGACAGCAAUGCUCCUAGAGGCAACUCUCUUUUUGCAGAAGUUGAAGAUAAUCGUCAGAAAGUUGCUGCCCAAAGAGAAUUUUUGAAGAUGAAAUAUAUUAAUCUGAAAAAGAUUGUUGGACAAAAGCAGGUCGAAAACAACAAACUAAAGAUGGAAAUAGUUAAAAUUCGUAGAGAAGAAAAAGAAGAUGAAAAAAGUGUUCAUCAUGACUACAAUACUCUAAUUGAAACAUACAAGCAAAGAGUUUGGGAAUUGGAAGAACGAGUAAAGGAACUAGAAAAGAAAAGUGAAACACAACCAAUUAUGAUGUCAGAGUCUGACAAUUCCCAAUGGAUGUGGGUGAACUCUAUGGUAGAGAACGCAAGAAAAGAAACUCGAUCCCUACAAGAAGAGCUGGAUAGAAGGGGUUCAAACUACGUGACCCAAGGACAUCAGCUGCUGGCCUCUCAGAAAGAGAACAGGAAACUGAAGGCAACCAUAGCCAAACUACAAUCAGACAUCGACGAGAUGAGACUACAACUGGACACAAUCAAAUCAGUUAAAAAAGAUGAAGAUCAAGAUGGUAUAUCACCUCCUGCCACUGAAGUGGCACUUGAGUACCAGAAGCAGAAGGUGGUGAGAUUCAAGGAGGCGUUAUCCAAGCAAGUGAAUACUUCCAAACACAACUCCUCCUCCAGUGAUCCAGACACUUCGCUCAUUGAACAAGACAGGUCUCUGAAGGAGACCAACACCAACACAUCGCUUGUCACUGUAAAGGAGGAAGAUAAAGAGAAUUUCGAUUACUAGUGAAAAUGAUCAAUUGUGUUUACUUUCUGAAAAUUGACAGUUCACCUGAACCCUGCUAACAUGUAAAGUUAUUUUUUUUCUUCAAUAAUCAAUACUAUCUGGGUGUGCCAAAAAUAAUUUAUCUGUUUUAUUAGCCUUGAUUUGUUCACAGUUUCCUAGCUUUGUGUUAUUUAUUAGUAUAUUUCAUUACAAGGGCCUAAAAAUAGUGAUUACUUUGGAAUUCCAACAUAGCUCUAUUUCAACAACUGAGGCGAUACCGAGGUCGUCGAAAAUUGAGAGAGGUUCAAAAAUACCGUUCCAGUACAUGUGAUGAACUGUAUUUUUUGUCAUACUGCUCCAUUCUUUAUUAUAGGAUGAAUUAUUGAUUGUAUUUGAUCUCACUUCUAUUUAUAUGUUUAUUGAGUUUAUGUGUUCUUUCUGUAUAUUAUUUCAUGAUUAUUUUCAGAAUAAAUAUUAAAUACAUUAAAAUGUUAUAAAUAGUCUA